AUGGAUCAUCAUGUUGUACUGGAUUGGUACAAUAACCUAGACUCUCGAGUCGUUGAUCUCGUCGGUGACUUUGUUGGUGACGAGCUCUUCAUAAUCGAAGGAGAUUCGCUUCUACUCGAAUGUUUUUCCAACGAAAAACUUGAUUUCAACCCGGGCUUCCAGGUCUUGCAUGCGACAUACCUUGUCGAGAAGUUGUUGCAAAAGCUUCAGCAGCGCAAGUGUUUCUUCGAGGUUGUCUUCUUCGCCGAGAAUGCCUCAUUAUGCAUUCCGAAAGGAGUCCACAGAGACCUCCACGCGAGGUACCUCCUUGCCCGAGAGGCAAUCAUACAACACCUUGUCUCUGUUCGCGUCCAACCCUCGCAAUUCUUCCAGGCUCUGAGGUUUGAUAGCUUCCAGUCCGAUGAGUUUAAAGCUCAUCUGAUAAGUUCGGGAGCAUAUUUGUUCAUGUGUCAUGAUGGCGCUUUUUCCGAGCAGAACAAUGAUGAUACUGCUAGUGAUAUCGACAGCAGCGACUCUGAAAGUGACUCUGAUGACAGCGACUUCAAAGAUGAUGAUCAAAAAGGUACGUUUGUCGAUAAGCGAGGCGAGAUCUCAAGAUUUAAGUUCCGCGCGAUGAUCUAUUGGUUUGUUGUCCACGGAUACAACCUUGCUCUCGCCAAUAGUCUCGAGUUCCGUGAUACAAAGGUCAUGGCAAUGGUGAUUGAAAGCUCCAUUAAAACGAACCCCUUGUCGACUGGCCCUGAAACAGAUGAUCCCAAUCAUUUGUGGAAUUCCCUCUCUCAAUUAGAGAUUGAAGACGGCCAAGAUCAAGCGGAGGAUGUAGAAUAUGAAUCAUCAACCCAAACUCAAACAGACAAGUUCCUUGAACAGGCACUUCUUGAGAAGCCUGAGCUGUCACAACGCCAAUGUCUUGUGGUUGCUACGCUCAGCUCUAUGCUUUUGGACGGCAUGGCAGACAACGAAAACAAUAUUGGAGCCCAGUCUAUGCUUUUGCACAUUGUACUUUUGCAAAACACCCAACUGUCGGAUCGAUCCAUCCAAACAACUGCACCCAAAAACUUGAAGUUUUUCAACGAAUUUGUGAAGACCGCGAAGGCUUUGCUCAGCUCAAAGCUGUGGGAGAAAGCAAUGAAUGACCAUACCCUACCUUGCGAUCUGUCUGACCUCUUGGAUGGAACAUUGUUUUUCGAAGUCCAGCGGAUGGUCGAGAAACUGGGCAUCCAAACAGUAAUCUCAUCGGCCACACAAUCCCCUUUCAACACCCUUGCGUGUCUGGUGGACCGCAUGUGUGGUACAACACUGCAAUGUGAAGCGAUUGGGGGCGCGGGAGCUACCUCUGAAGAUGACACCCAUGGAAGUAUUUCCGAGCCUCAUUAUGGCUUUGAAAAGGUGCUUCCAUUUAGCAAUUCAGUCUUCGAUAAAAUUCUGAAGCCUGUUCAUCUCGCAAUUGACGAAUCUGCCGAUGCGAAGAGUGAUUCCCAGAUUUUCAAAGAAGAUAGCCACUGGCAUAGCUCCAGGCCCCUGGAUCAAAAGAAAGUCAUCUUAACCCCCCAAGAGGUUGAGCGAAACCACAAACGGAACCAGCGUUUCAUGGCCGAGAUGAGAGAUUAUGCUGCAAGUCUCUCGGGAUCACAACCGGAACCGAUUGUCGUUGAAUCUUCCAGUAGCUCACGCCAGAAGUCUCACCAAACCCCUUCGGCAGGCAGAGACGUUGGAACUACCUCGAAGCCAGACAAGAAAUCCCACUCUAAAUCCGGUAAACCAUCCACCAAGGAGAGGGCCGCAGCUUUCGUUCAUCAAAAAGCAAUGGAAGUCACCCAGAAACAGAGACAGAAGUGGAAAAACGUGUACAAUGAUGAGUUCGCUCAAAUCGAUGAUCUUGUGACUCGUUUUACAAAGCUCAACGGAUACUUGACUAGUUUGCCCAAAGACAGUCGGCAGGUUCUGGAGCCUGAAAUCCUGACUUGCUUGAUCGACACAUUGCUACGGCUUCUAUUUGUCGAACGCAUAAAUGUGCAGAGCAAAAAGCACAUGUUGAUCGUGACACGCAUUUGGGAGAUCGUCACUUGCCUCGCGAAAAUUAAGCAAGGCAUCUCAUCCGAUAUUGUCGCAUACGUCUCGACAGUCUGCCAAAUACUCGGUUUGCCAGCUGCUCAGCUUCAUGCCGACAGUGAACAGAAGUUAUCUUUCCCUUUGUUCAAGAUUCCCAAAGCAGCACCUAGCAUGAGUAUCGAGAUGAGCCCAGUUGAAUUCCAGCUUCAACAUGGUGGGCCUUUCAUGGAGCGCAGCAUAGACUCAUUGCCCGACUCCCGGACGCCUGACUUUGCGCCUGAUCGCUGGCAGCGUGAAGUGUUGGAUCAGAUCGAUGCAAAGAGGAGCGCAUUCAUCGUGGCCCCAACGAGUGCAGGAAAAACAUUCAUCUCUUUCUAUGCGAUGAGACAGAUCUUGAAAGAAGAUAACGAUGGAAUUCUUGUUUAUGUUGCCCCCACAAAGGCUCUUGUCAAUCAGAUCGCAGCUGAGGUGCAAGCCCGAUUUUCCAAGUCGUUCCCGGCCAAAACCAGUGGUAAAUCGGUUUGGGCCAUCCACACAAGAGACUACCGCAUCAACAAUCCCCAGGGAUGCCAAAUUCUCAUCACAGUUCCCCAGAUUCUUCAGAUCAUGCUGCUUAAUCCCUCGAACGCCAAUGCAUGGACCCCCGCUUGA